AUGGAAGAUAUCAAAGAGGAAAUAGAAUAUUGGAGUAAUGCAGUUAUAUGCUAUGUUCUGGGAUCGAAUCCUCCUCCAGUAGUUAUGAAUGGUUAUUUUCAUAGAAUCUGGGGAAAAUUGGGAAUAGACAAGGUUGCUCAAGUUAACAGGGGAGUGUUCUUGGUGAGAUUUGCUCAAGCUGAAAGUAGAAUGAAGGUAUUAGAAGAUGGCGUCCAGAUGUUCGACCAAAAACCUGUCAUCAUCAAGCCUUGGUCACCUGAUAUAGACACCAGGAAGGAAUCAUUUAGCACUGUGCCUAUAUGGAUUAGACUCCCUGGAUUGGAUAUUAAGUAUUGGGGAAAAAAUGCAUUGACAAAAAUUACAGGCUUAGUAGGGAAACCUAUGAAAGCAGAUAGAGCUACUACAUGGAAAGAAAGGAUGACAUUUGCGAGAGUGCUGGUGAAGGUUACACUUGAUCAACCUUAUGCGCAAACUAUUAUGUUUGAAAAUGAAGUUGGGAAAAUUGUAGAGCAAAGGGUGCAUUAUGAGUGGAAACCAACACUGUGCAAGGAAUGCAAUAAUUAUGGGCAUGAAGUGACAGAAUGUAGAAAGCAUACUCAAAUGGAGAAACAAAUGGCAAACAAAAAAGAAUGGGAGAAAGAUCAUAACAGUGCAGGAGAAACUAUGAACCAGAAUAAGGCAAGGAAUGAUGAGGUGAAGCAAAAACAGAAUGAAAAAGAGAAGGUGGAGACAGGGAACCAACAGGAGAAUAGAAGAGAAGGUAAGAAGGCUACAUACAUACAAAAAGGAAACUGGGCACAAAGAAGGAAGGAUGUUCCCGGAAGUAAUAUAAACCUAGGCAACUCUUUUGGGGAAUUGGGAGAAACUAGCAUUAUGAUGCUGAUAGAACAAGAGAGAGAGGGCCUGGAAAAACAGAUGCAUAAUGUAGAUGAAGAACACAUAUUGGGGAAGGGGGGAGCCUUUCCCGAGGAAAUGGAUAACAUAGGCUUCUGGAAUACCAGGGGUUUUAAUAGACUAGCUAAGCAGGAAGAAGUAAACAUUUUUCUGCAUCAAUGUAAAGUUAGCCUAUUUGGACUCUUGGAAACUAAGAUUAAGAGAAGAAAUGCUCAAAAAGCUUCUCUUAAUCUGUGUAAAGGAUGGUCACUUACAAAUAUUUAG